AUGCCAUCGACAACGGCAGCGGUAGUUGGGUCUCCCAGAAUACGCCGACUCCAACUGUCUAAGGGAAAGGCCAUCGCAGCCGGACAGAGACGUCAUGCUCAGAGCGAUGAUCUCCGCCCAUCAGCGUGUUUAGGAGCAAUGUUGGUUUGCCUAAUGUCAAGUCCCGGCAGUGGAUCUGACGCGAAGUGCAGGACCUGGUGCUUUUUAUUAUUCUCCUCCCAACGCAAGACCGCCGGAGAUUCAAGUCUGACGGAAAAUGAAAAUCACUACACCACUGCUCUUUGCGACUUUAUCAGUAUCAAGCGAACUGAGUGGAAGACUGACCAGAGGCUUGCAAGUCACCUUUACCUCUUUCGGAAGAUCCAAAGAGUCAUUCAUCGAGAUCAAGAGUUCCAGAAAGACAUCCAGAGCGCUGACUUCACCAAAACGAAGCUUUCCGUGAUCAAUGAGGACCGCUCCUUGUGGGAGAUCGAGUCUCUCUGCCGUCAACAAGGUCUGAGAUCUAGUAGACCAGAAAACCGCGAGUGGCGAAGGGAAGUGCUGAGAAGAGGGAGAACAGAUGAUGAGAUGCCGGCCUUCACGAAUGGCGAGCCUCAACGAGUUUGA